UGGUGAUUUCUGCGCCAAUUUUCAAUUUAUGUUGCUUCGAAAACUUAGUAACUUAUAUUAUCUCUUGAUCGGUGGUAACUUACACAUUUAUUACGCCGUUGCUAGCACUAAGGACGUGUCAGAUAUUAGCUGA